AUGAAAUUGAAAAGGCUAUCAAGUAUUUAAAUUUAGAAAAAUCAUUAAAGUUUAUACAGAAAGUAGAUCUUUUUCAGAGAGAUAAAAAUCUUUGAAAUAAGGCUAACAGUUAUAUAGAUUACUGUUAAAAAUCAUUCAGUUUUUAUAACAAAAUAAUAUUCUUUGAAAUUAUGCUACAAGCAAAUUUCUUUAGAUUCCAAUAGACGAGAGUAAUCAAAAUUCAUAAAAUUAUAUCAUGUUCAUUCAAAAGACCCUUUAUUUAAUUUUAAAUUGGAAAAAUGA